AGUGAGCAGACACACACUCACACACACACACAGAGACUGAAACAUGUCUCCACCGUCUUUAUUCGUCUUCUUACUGAUUUCUCGUCUCUUGGGUUUUAAUGAGGCGAUGUCCGCGCACGCACCGAGGAUGAGAUUCUCAAACACAGACCCCUCCAUGAAGAGGACACUUUUACCUGGAGACCAAACAUCUGUACAGAUUCUUCCAGGAGGAGAACCAGACACCGUCACAGCUGUCGGACCAAAGCACCUGAUUUCACUGAACUUUAAAAACCCUCUGCAGGCUCCUGUGCAAAGAACGUUGUUGUGGAAAGAUUGCAUCAUCAGCAAAACGUCGACCACAGAUUGUGACUUUAACAUCACCGCGGUGCACAAGAGGGAAGAGGGCGACCAGGCGUAUGUGUGUGGGACCAACGGCAGGGAGACUUUGUGCUGUGACGUGAUUCUAUCAGCUCCGUCUCCCGAGUGCGAUACCUCUGAAAAAAUGAGGAGCAUACAAGGAAGUAUCAGAAAAUUUAUCAUGAAGGAAGGUGAACCGUCUGUUUUUGUGGAAUCAGAAACAAACGCCGACCUUUACACGACCUACUCUGGAUCUCAGGAGAAUGUUGGAGUCCACAAGUUUGGAACAAACCGCGUUGGACCAGCGAACCAUAAUAAAGAGCAGCACUAUGUGGGUCUGGUGAUCAGCAGACAGGCAGAAGACCCUUCACAGGAUAAAGUUUUUGCCUUUUAUAAGGAGAAAAACAGAGACUCAGACCUGUACAGCGGGAUGUGGCUCCCCUUCGUCUCACAGGUUUGCAUGUCAGACAGGGGCGGUCCCAAGAAACACAUGCAGUAUAUCUGGACGUCGCAGAUGAACGCCAGGCUCUACUGCGGAGAUCCAGACAGCAAGCAGCACUUCUCUGAGCUGGUCCACGUGGCUGCUGUGCACGCAGAGCGCUGGCAGGACUCCAGGGUUUAUGCACUCUUCCAGAACGAAUGGGGGAUGAGCGCUGUGUGUGUCUACAGGGUGAAGGACUUUCAAAACAUCUUUACCAACUCUCCAUUUAAAGGCGGCAGCGCGGGCAGCCAAGUCGACAGGCGCAGAGCGUGCGUCCCCGACAGCACCGCGAUCAGUUUAGACGUCCUGAAGUCGAUCGAGGAGAACUCGGAGAUGGAGGAAUGGGUUAAACCUGCCGACAGCUCGCGCCCACUCGUCUUUGAUCGCCACAGGUACACUCACAUCUCCGUGGACAAGAGGAACCAACGCCACCCGGUCCUGUUUCUGUCUCUGCAUAAUGGAGCCAUUCAUAAAGUGACGCAGAGUCAGAAUCAGACGUUUGUCAUCGCAGAGUAUGAGACAUUUAAACACAACACCAGCAUCCUCAACAUGAUCCUAAACCAGAACUCUAUGAAGCUGUAUGCAGCCUCCAGAAGUGAACUGGUCCAGGUGGACGUGACAAACUGUGCCCAGUAUGGAGACCGCUGUGAGGACUGCGUGUUAGCUAGAGACCCAAACUGCGGCUGGGCACUGAACCGCUGCGUCCCUGUGACACUGUAAGAGAUCACACAUCGCUUUCAU